AUGGAGGGUACUCCAGAUGCGCCAAAGUCUGAGCCGAGUCUGAAUGCCGUGAAGAUGCUGACCGAAGCUCAAGCGGUGCCUCUGACAUCCGUGGACGUUCUGGCGCAUCCUGCAAUUCUUGGCUACACCGUGGCAAAGACGCAGAAGCGAAGAACACCUCACCUCUACGUGAACGGAAGCUUCUAUGCUGACUAUGACGGUCUGAUGGCUCAGCACGGCACAGGCCAGCUGGCCAAGAACCUCGGGACCGAGUCCACGAAGAGCAGCGGUGUUUUCGGUGGGGAACUGCCCAUUGCCACCUACUGA